CCAAUAGCAUUGCGAAAAGCUCUUGGUCGCCGUCAUGUUCAUCCCACUAGCUAAUCUUAACAUUCAUUGCUGGUUGGUUCAAAUUCCAGAUCGCUUGCUAUCUACCUAGCUAGCUUUGCUUUGCCAGUAGUAUUCGAUAGCAGUUAGUUUCCUAACUGCUAUCGGGUUUGAUUUCUCCAUUGACAGUUCUUAAACUAUCGUCUGAUAGUUUUUUCGCAACAGCAGACACCACCAGUGGACUUGGGAUAAUACUAACAGCUAACGCUGGCUAACAUAGCUGGUCAGCUAUUUUAACGUCUUAUGUAUGUUGAACGCUAACGUUAUCUUAGCAAGCUAACGGACGACUGGAAUGGUAUGCUUUACAGUUGGUUAGCAGGCAUUUUAGUAUUAAUCUACCAUUUACUUAACUAGCUGUUCACCUCUAUUCAACUGCAUAUAUAAGAAUUAGCUAGCUAAAAGCUAGCUAGGCCACGAAAACAUGUCCUGUACAUGCACACUGGCAGCGAGACUAUUUAUAAAUUCAGCGCACAAAGGAGUCUCUGGCCCGAGAGUACAGUUUCUCUCUCUGUUUGGACUACGAGCGCAUGAAAUUCGUCUGACACGUAACGUCCCUGUCAGAUCUUUCUCGGAAACGUCCGUGUAUUUAGCACAUAAGGACGGAAUGAAAGAUGGAGAUGGAAAGAAAUCUGUGAGUGAAGGAAGUGGCAAAAAAUCCAGCUCUGGCAGCUCAGGGAAAGGUGGAAAUCAGCUUCGCUGCCCCAAAUGUGGAGAUCCCUGCACACAUGUGGAAACCUUUGUCUCCUCAACAAGAUUUGUCAAAUGUGAAAAGUGCCAUCACUUUUUCGUGGUACUGUCGGAAACGGACACUAAGAAGAGUCUGAGUAAAGAUCCUGAAUCAGCUGCUGAAGCUGUGAAGCUGGCCUUCCAACAGAAACCACCACCACCUCCAAAGAAGAUCUAUGCCUACCUUGACAAGUAUGUUGUAGGCCAGGAUCAUGCGAAGAAAGUGCUCUCAGUGGCAGUGUACAACCACUACAAGCGCAUUUACAAUAACAUGCCAGCAGGAUCUAGACAGCAACAGGUGGAGGUUGAGAAACCGGCAUCCCUGACACCCAGAGAACUAGAGCUAAGGCGUCGGGAGGACGAGUACAGAUUCACAAAGCUGCUGCAGAUCGCCGGUAUCAGUCCCCAUGGCAAUGCCCUAGGAGCCUCCAUGCAGCAGCAGGUGAACCAACAGGCACCUCAGGAACGGAGAGGUGGGGAGGUGCUGGACUCCAACCAUACCGAGAUCAAGCUGGAGAAAAGCAACAUUGUGCUGCUGGGCCCCACCGGCUCUGGCAAAACGCUCUUGGCCCAAACUCUAGCUAAAUGCCUGGACGUCCCUUUCGCAAUUUGUGACUGCACCACGCUCACGCAGGCUGGCUACGUGGGGGAGGACAUCGAGUCAGUCAUUGCCAAACUGCUGCAGGAUGCCAACUAUGUAAUCGAGAAAGCUCAGCAGGGCAUUGUUUUCUUGGAUGAAGUGGACAAAAUUGGCAGUGUGCCUGGAAUCCAUCAGUUGAGAGAUGUGGGUGGAGAAGGGGUACAGCAGGGCUUGCUUAAACUUCUGGAAGGCACGAUUGUAAAUGUUCCUGAGAAAAACACCAGGAAGCUGAGAGGAGAGACUGUACAAGUUGACACUACAAACAUUUUGUUUGUAGCAUCUGGUGCUUUUAAUGGACUGGACCGUAUUAUCAGCAGAAGAAAGAAUGAAAAGUACCUGGGCUUUGGCGUGCCAUCCAAUCUUGGAAAAGGCAGACGGGCUGCAGCUGCAGCCGAUGUGGCCAACAUUACGGGUGGGGAGGUGGACACUGUUGCCGAGAUCGAGGAGAAAGACCGGCUCCUGAAGCACGUGGAGGCGCGGGACCUCAUCGAGUUCGGCAUGAUCCCUGAAUUCGUGGGGCGCCUGCCUGUCGUGGUGCCGCUGCACAGCCUGGACCAGGAUACGCUCGUCCGCAUCCUAACCGAACCCCGCAAUGCAGUGGUGCCCCAGUACCAGGCCCUCUUCGGCAUGGACAAGUGUGAUCUUACUGUGACCCCUGAUGCCUUGAGGGCCAUUGCCAGAAUGGCGCUUGAACGAAAGACGGGUGCCCGAGGGCUUCGCUCAAUAAUGGAGAAACUGCUGUUGGAUCCCAUGUUUGAAGUGCCGCACUCUGACAUCGCAGCUGUAGAGAUUAACCAAGACGUGGUGCAUGGGAAAGCAGCACCUCAGUACAUCAGAGCACCAAGUAAAGAUGCAGCGGAGGAGGAGUAUGACUCUGGAAUAGAGGAAGAGAACUGGACCAGGCAGGUUGAUGCAGCCAAGAAUUAAAACAGCUGAAGUAAACUGGUCUUAUUUCAUCUGUGAACGAACACAUUAUUUCAAUCCAAUUAGUAAGUGUUUCUUCAACAUGCCAGUAUUCUCAAGGAUCCAUCUUCACAUAAAAAUUAUGUAGCCCUAAAUGAUGGUCUCUAGGCUGUAAGUUAGUGGGCAGCAUUCUAUAGUCUGAAUUUUCUUAAAGAAAAAUUUAUUUAGAAAAACAUGUUUAAACCAAAUGUACUAUAUGAACUAUGCCCCCUCCCAGUUAAUGACUGUUAAUAUUAAAUGUAAACAACAACAAAAAAGAAUGACUUUAUUCCUUAUUAAAUGGACAAGGCGUUUUGAUUUUUUUAUGAGCCCUUUGGCUGCUGUUGUUUUGUUUUGUUUUGUUUUUUAACCAAAUGGAUCAGAAGAAAAGGUUAAUUUCCUCUUUGAUGUUAAACUUGCACAGCUCAUUAUAUUGUAAUUAAAUAUGUUGUUACACUGGUCAUGUCACAGUCUACAAUACAGAUUGUUUGCUUUUAAUGAACUGAGGUGCUUUGUUUCUUUAUAUUUAUAAAGCUCUUAGUUGUCAGUUAAACACUUUUCAAGGAAAACAUCAUAAUUGUAUGUUACCUAUUACUGUCUAUUACACCUCAAGAUGCAUUGUUUUUGUGCAUGGGCAUAUCUUUAAAUGGACUGAUUUAGAAUGAUGAGCUAAAGACUUCUAUGGCAUUUACCUGAUUCACCAGUCCUUGAAGAACUGAAUUAGGAAUGAUGCCUUACUGCCAUUUUGCAUUUAACGGUUCCCCCAUUUGAAUGCAUUUAAGAACAUCUCUGACAAACACCUUGUGGAUUAUAGGGAUGGUGGUUUACUCUGUUGCCCAUGCUUACAGAUUUUUAGAGCCCAUUCUGGAGACUUAUGCACACAUGCAAGCAGGAGUGAGUGUAACGGCCAGAGUCAUCUCACCUUCCAACUAGGCAUCUAAUAAGUCCUGGCAUUAGUUCAGUAAUGCGGUUUAUUUUACACAGUAAAACUAUAUGGCUUAAAUUUCUGACUCAUUUGCCCACCUGUAACGUAUAAAUGACAUGCCAAAUUGUGAUCUGCAAGUGCUUUAGUUAUUGACAUACUUUAAAGUGUUUCAGCUCUUUCUCUUUCCAGGGUCCUUUAUAUCUGAUUUCUCAGAAUGUGGAUCUAAGAUCGACUGCCUCCUGUCCAUAUAAAACUAUGUACAGUAGCAUAUAUAUCCUGUACAUUUCCCAAACCUUUCAGAUAAAAUUGCAGAUUUUUCCACUUUGGUGUAAUUGUUUUUUUUUUUAAAUAAUUAUCCCAGAUUUUAGAUGGGUGUUUUUGGCUUUCAUUUUCCACAAGUUAAGUAAAAACAUUGUUUAAUAAUUAAAGAAGUUAACAAGUUUCCACAAAGACGUGAUCUCAGAUCAGCGCUGUUGCUCCGAAAUGCCUGGCUUGAUCCUUGACAUCUCCAGUCAUUUCUAGGCUUGUAAAAUGUAUUGAUUAAUAAAAAUUCCACUUUCUAA